CGGGCUCACCGCUCACCGCGCGCUCGAACCUCGUCUUUCGUGGUGUUCAGUCGAGUUCAGCACUUCCCGCUAGAUCGUCGUCCCAAGCUUUUGCGUCGCGACGCGAACCAGCAUAAUAAAAAGGGUCAACAGAACGCUCGUUCGAGUCUUGAGCAACGAUUCGAUUAUCACACAUCGAAAUAUACUUUUGUCAUUGAAGGAAGAGUGCAACGAUAUGCAAAGUGAUAAAAAGGCGCGCGAAUAAAAACAGUAACGAUGGGAAAAGCGAGACGGUCAGUUAAAAAACGUUUGUUCUUCGAGAAAAUAAUGUUCCACGAAAAAGACAGAAAGCUGUGGAAAAAGUGAUUGAUUUUAUUUCGUUUUGAUUUUUCUACGCUUUUCCACGCCCCUGCCGUGGCGUUUCGUAAAAAUCUUGUUUCCGUGUUCAAAGCAUUCGCAACGGACUUGCCGGGUUGUUUUCUACUUGGUUAAAAUUGUGAAUAAAAACAUUGAGAACAAAACAGUGAUUGUUUGUACUUCGUCACUUGUAUGUGUGUAUGCGGCGCGCGCGUGUGUGUGUGUGUUUAGUGAGUGUCCAUAGUUUCGAAUACCGAGGAUCGGAACGUGACGAAUUGGGCUCUCGAGGGUCUAUCAAUUCGACGCUUUUGCCUUAAAAAUCUUCCAUUAAAUAAGAAACAAAGAAACUCUACUUCGAGGAAAAUUUCCACGAACUUGAGACUGCCGAUAGCUCCACGAUUAAUAUUUGACGGGAAAUAAAACGAGACGACGCCAAACUUUGUGCCAAAGACAUUCAGUACAACUUAAUCCAGUAUUAAAAAAAUACAGCCAUUAUUUAAAUAAUCCAGAGAGAAAGAUAAAAUAUAAUAUAUUUAUGCUGAUUGAUCCUCUGUUAUCGUUAAUAAACAGUUGUUGAAUUUUUCUAUUCAAAGCCGAAUAUAUCUUUGAAUACGAAAUCCUGAUCGAUAUUAUAAGUCUCUUAGUCUAUACGAAGGUCAAUAAAAACUAAAAACAUUGAGUGAGGAAAAACCAGAAGAGCACAACGAAGUAAAGCACGUGGAGGAACGUUCGUUGAAAAUGAAAAUGUUGUUCGGUGGCUACGGUUCUUCGUAUCACAGUCCAAAUGGUCCAACGUCCCCGACGAGAAGCAGUGUUUGGGGGAGCGCAUACAGUCCCUUCCGAAAUACAAAUAUGCCGCUGCAGGACAUCACGAUGGACCAAACGGCGGCCGUUCCGAAUGGAAGCUCUGGCAACACGCCUGGAAUCGGAACAGGCGGCAGAACCAUGAAGGAAUACGAGGAUCAACUCGAAGCUCUCAAAAAAGAAAAUUUCAAUCUCAAGUUACGUAUUUAUUUUCUUGAAGACCGUAUGGGAGUCACUGCGGCUGACGAGGAUCCUGUGAAGAAAAAUAUAGAAUUAAAGGUCGAAAUCGAGUCCCUAAGGAAAGAGCAAAUCGAAAAACAGGAACUCCUUACACAGGCUGCCAAAGGCUUUGAAUUGAUGGAGGAACAGAAGAACGCUUUGUUAAGUAAUCAAACCAAGUAUCAAGAAUCAUUGGAGAAGGAGAGAGCGAGGAUAGAAGAGCUCGAAGCUGAACUGGAAAUGUGGAAAGCGAAAUUGAGCGAUACAACGAUGUACUAUCAAGAGAGUUUUGGUAUAACACCUGAAGAAGCUUGUGAGCAACAAGAAAAAUUGCAUCAGAUGGAAGAAGUUGUUGCUUCCCUUGAGGCUGAGGUGAAGCAGAUAACAGCGAGUCUGGAGGAGGAGCGAAACUGGGCCCAUGAAUUGGAGAUCGAGAGAGAUCAGUUCCGCGAUCGAUUGGAUGCGGAAACGCGACUACGAGAAAAACUCUCGUCAGAGCAUGCGAACGAUAUUGAUGGAUUGAGGGAACGAAUAAGAGAACUCGAGGAAGAUUUGUCGAAGAGGGAGAGCUUGGUACAGCAACAGAAAAGCGAGAUUGCCGAGAAAGAUCGUUUGGUUAAAGAAAAAAUGUUGCUGCUCGAAGAAACUUGCCGCACGUACGAGGAAGUUAGCGCAGUCGCUGAAAAAAGAAAAAAACAGAUUGUACAGCUGAGACUCUCUGUUAAGUCGAGGGACGAUGCUCUCACGGAUCUCAAUAACAAACAUCGAGCUCUUCUGAAUCAGUUUGAGCAGAGCCAUUCAAAGCGUUCUUCAGCGCCCACCAGUCCAGUAGUUUCUACACCAUUUCCAGGAUCUUGUUCUCCAAGUUCAGGCCUGAAGAGUCCAUCGAAGUAUGGUCUCAGUCCAUUUACAUGGGAACUUCACAAAUCUUCGAGUUUUGAUUUACCGAAUCAGGAUGCUGUUUCGCCGGACGAUUCUGAGAUCGCUGCUUUGAGGAAGAAAAAUGAGGAAUACGAAAACGAAAAGAAAGUCCAAGAGGAGGCGAAGAAGCAGUUGAUAUUGAAAUUGUGCAAUGUUAAAAAAGCGGCUAAAGUUACGGAAGAAAAGUUGAAAAAACUUGAGAUCGAGCACAUGAAAGCGUUGCAAUCAAUUCAGGGCUUGAUGGAGCUCCAGGCGAAUAAUGAGGAUAAAGUGAUUCGGAAGGACCGUCAAGUCAAAGAAUUGGAACAGAAGCUUCAAAAAAUCUACAAAAAUAUGGAGAGCACGAGAACGAAUCAUCCAGAACGCGAUCAAACGGAUCAGCAACGGUUUGAGGAAAUGGAGAGUAAGAUCGAUGAGCUCCGUGUACAGAUCGAGAGCGUCAAGGCUGAGAAAUGUCUUCUGGAGAAAAAGUCACGAGCCGAUUCCGAGAUACUUGAAGAACAGCUCCACGAAAAAGAGGCGAAGAUCGAGACGUUGGAAACUGAGAAAAAUGCAAUACGACAAGAGUUGUGGGAAAAAAUACAGCAAUUGGACAGAUUGAAGGAAGCUUACGAGCAAGCGAACGACAGAAUUGACAAAUUGGAAUUCGAAGACGUGUCAGGAGAGCAGCAGAGAGUGCGAGAAGAAUUGAUACUCCGAAACAUCGAGAUCGAAGAGAAAAAUCGUAGAAUUGAGCAAUUAUCGAAAGAUCUUCAAGUGAAAACGCAAAAUCUUCAAAAAUUGGUGAACACUGAAUUGUGGAGUAAAAAUAAAGAGAUCGCCAAGUUACACAAUCAGACAAUGUCAGUGAAUCAAUCGCAGGACACGAGUCGCGGAAAUAAAUCGGAACAGGAUGAACAACGUACGAAUUCUCAACUGACUUUGCUUCUGAGAGAAUUGAAUAGUAUCGGCGUCGGAGUAACAUUUACGAGUGAGGUUGUGCAGCUCAACUACGUGAACGGUAACGAGCCCAUCGAUGUGAAAACAUUGACGGAAUACGUGCAAAAGCUGGUCAAUCAAAAGCGGGAAUUGGAGCGCGAAGUCGACUACCUUAGGUGGUUAAAAUUCGUAGCCCAGCCAGAUUUUACUUCCAACUCGGAUGUAGAGAAUCCUUCAUUCACUGAGAACGAAAGAGCAAAGAAAUAUUGCGAAAUGUUGCGCACUCACGUGAAGGAUCUCUUUAAAUUCAUGAAAGAAAUGUUAAAAAAUACGCACAGUCCGUCGAGUCUGAGCGACGAUCAUCGUAAUAUCGUACUCGACGUGCUUCUCAGCUCAAAAACGCUCUACGACGAUUUUGCAAAAACGCAAAAGGGUGAAGUACUUCCGUGGGAAGAUAUCGCUGGUUUUGGAAAAUCCGCUCGUCGCAGUCAAUCGACCGAGCUCAUGGCUCUCAAUGAACCUAGAAAAUCCAACGGUUUCGAGGCACAGUCAGAUUCUGAAGCUUUUUCGGAGCCCGAUCGCAAAGUUUCACUGGCGCGAAUCGGCCUUCAAGAAACUCUAAAAACUCACAAAUCAUCCAACAGACCAAGAGCCUCCAAGUACUUGAAAAACUUCAGCGACUCCGAAGACUCCAUAGACUUCGUACCUCACCACAAAAAUUCCCAUCAGUCUGAAACUACCGGAGAAAUAGACGUGCCACAACAAAUACAACAGAUCGUCGAAACGAAUAAACUUUUGAGUAUAGAAUUGAGGAUUUUGCGUGAAGAAAUACUACCGAAAAUGGAGGAUACCGAGAUCGUCGAUAAAAUCUCAUCGUUGAUUGAAACUCUCGAAAAAUCAAAAGCAUUCAACGAACGUUUGCGAUCUUCGCUCGAGAGAAGUCUCGAAGAAUGGAGAGAAAUGAAAAACGACGGUAAAAACAACAGCUUACGAAAAGCUCAACUUGAAAUGAAGAUUACCGAUGUUGAGAUCAUGGCGAUUGAGAUCGCUAAGCAAAAGAGCGAACUGCUCAAUUACAAAGAAGAUACUGACAGAAAAGCCUCCGAGAUGAUGAUUACUCUCAACAGAGAAAACGAGGCGUUAAGAACGAGAAUAAAAUUACUCGAGGAAGAAAAUGAACUCACGAGAUCCAACGUUUCGACGCUUUCCAAAGACCUCGAUCAACUCACUCUUUCACACAGUCAAGUUCUUGUCGAAAAUACUAAACUUACUAACGACAAAUUGAGACUGGAACAAGAACUUCGAAAAAGCGAGAACAAAUAUGAUACCACUGUGCGAUGUCUUCAAGACAAAUUUAACAAAGAGGUGACUGAUCUCAAUCAAAUGAACGAUUCUCACCGGGCGAGGCUCGAAGAACUCGAAGUGACAAACAAAGAACUGAGAAGGCACGUGGUCGUUUGCGAAGCCAGUGAUUCGGCGCCAAGUUCGAGCGGAGUUUCCUCCAUUCCCACCGAUAACGGUCACAAACAAACUUGCGAGGAUUUGUUGCAAGAAUAUCAUACGUACAAUGGUUCUCAAUACUGGUUGCCCAUAAACUAUCCGACAUCAACGGGACGAAGUAAAUCGUCGUGUUCCCCAGAUUUGGGGAUUGAGAGCGAUGCAGCAGUGUCGACGACGCGGCCACUGCAAGACACACUUAAAAUUACAGAAUCAAUGACGAAUUUGUUAAGCGAUGAGGACUACAAUUCGAACACACAUCGAGGAAUGCGUGACGUGGACCGGGACAGUCCGCUUCAUUUAGAAGGUUUGGACGAAGUCGAGGCUCUUAAGCAGGAGAACGAGGCGUUAAAGAGAAGAUUGAUGAAAACGAGGCGAGCGCUUGAAGACACGUUCCAACAUCUCUCUGCUUCAAACAAGAACAAGAAGAAUGUAGAAAAAGCGAUAACCAAACAGCUCAUGAUGACGAAGAGUAUUCUGAAAAAAACGAGAACAUAUGAGGAACCAUUCGAUUGAGAUGGAAUAUGUGCGACGAUGAAAGAAUAUUAAGUUUUAUCCCUUGAGUGACGACAGAAGGGAAACAAUGAGAAGUGAAAUUGAAAAUCCGGUGAAGUUUGAUGAAUAAUCACAAGUGAAAUGAUAUUUACUUGACAACAUGUCUCUCUGCGUUAUACAUUUUUGUCCAAACGAUGUUUCAUCGUAUAAUUUAUACUCACAACUGUUUUUUGAACGUCUAAGCCAUUUUUUUGAGUUCUGAAUCUCCGUUGCAUUCAGAAAAAUCGAUCGACUGAAGUAUUUAUUUUGACGAGAUUGUUUGCUCUCGUCGAUGCAAUGGCGGCUGGUGAAGAAACGAGAGAAUAUUUUUCCACGCUCUAGUACUUUUUGGAAGGCAAUUGAAAGAAAGAGCAUGAAUAACAGAGAUGUGUAUCUAUUGUAUAUUGAAAAAAAUCAUUGUAUAUAAAAAAAUUUACGUAUGUAUAUUUACAUAAUGACGAUGAGAAGAUUCAGAAUCUUUUUCGUUUCACUACUUUCCGUCUGGUCGAUUAAUCCUCGUAUUUGACAAACUAAAAAAGACGUUUUUUCCCUAAAAAACUUUAUAUCGAGUUUCGAGUAUGAGGAAACGACGACUGUCAUCGCACAACGAGAAAAUUCAUAAAAAUCGUGCAGUUCAUUAUGAAAACUUGAGAGAUUUCGUAUAUCAUCGCAUCGACUAAUUGAUAGAGCAUCUGUAAAUAGAUCCAGGAGGAAUAAAGUGCCAUUGAUAUUUGAAA